UACAUAAAAUGAAGAUCUAAGUAAACAACACUUGAAGAGUGGAGAGAAACUCUUAUCUAAUAUGUACAAGGAAGAUUUCAGGAACAUGACUGAAGAGACUGGGAACAGCAGCGACUCCUCCUCAGCCUUCAUUCACACCAGCACCAUGAGUACCAUACUGAUUACUGUCUACUCAGUUGCCUUUGCUGGAGGUGGAAUUGGGUCCAUCACAAUGUCAUUUGUGCUGGUCAAUAUGAACACUCUGUCUGUGACCACAACUGCCAUCAUUAACCUGGUCGUUGUGCACAGUCUCCUCCUCUUCACGAUGCCCUUCCGCAUCCACUAUUAUGUCAACAAGAAGUGGCUAUUCAAGAUGCCAUUUUGCAAAAUGGUGAGUGCAAUGGUGCACAUCCACAUGUACCUGACCUUCCUAUUUUAUGUGAUCACGCUGGUGAUCCGGUGGCUCAUCUUCUUUCAAUGGAAGGACAAAGUAGAGUUUUACAGGAAGCUGCAUGCAGUUGCGGCAAGUGCUGCCGUGUGGGUCUUUGUCAUCGUCUUUGUGGUGCCUGUUUUUCACUUCCAGUAUGGACGUUCAGGCUCAUACAAUGAUACAACAUGCUUCAAGUUCCACAAAGAACUACAACGGGAGAGCGUGAAAGCCCUAAACUACAUCCUAAUUGUAGCUGUUGCCUGCAUUUCUUGUGUUCUCUUGGGCCUGCAGAUUUUUAUCCUGGUAAAAGUGGCAAGAAAACUUUCCACCUCUUUCUGGUCACACCAAGAGUUCUGGGCCCAGGUGAAAAACUUGAUUUUCAUCUGGGUCAUCAUAAUUUGCUUCCUUCCCUAUCACCUUUUUAGGGCCUACUACGUGCAACACAUUAGGGAUUUUGGCCAAUUAGAAAGCUACAAUGAGGUUUUUUUGAGCCUGACUGCCCUGAGCUGUCUGGACCUGCUGUCAUUUGUGCUGAGUGGAAGCCGUUUAUUCAAGCAAAAGGUGGGGAUGCUCAGAAGCAGGUUGCGUUGCUGCUAGUGUCAGCCUCCUGCAGCAUGUUUGGACCUGGACCUGGGAAAGGAUGGUGAUGGACAGGCAUGACAAACCCUCUACUCAGUAAGUCAGAGUGGGCCCUGGAAACAGUGAAACACAGUCACAGAGGGCUCUGUGCACUGGCUCCCUGACGUAAUGUGCCAAACUGCUUCCAGUGCCUCAGCUGGCACUGGAAGGCAACCUCAGGGAUUUCCUCAUGGUGCUACACAGUGAGUCGUGAAUGGAUCUGGAGAAGAGUGAAGAAAGAUCAUGGGCUCUUCUGUCUUUUUUUUUUUAUUUCUACAUUAAGGUUUGUGAAGUCAAAGGCACUAGGAGAAGAUCUGAGAAUUUGCAGUGUAGAAAUACAAAUAGAAAAGCAGGUUUUUACGGACUAAGGUACAGAUUUUUGAAACUUAAAGACCUAUAUAAUUUUAUCACUCAUUUCUUAUUUAUUCCCCACAAGCUCUCGUAAAAUAUCAGGAAACUAUAGUUCCCCCUUAUUAGGUCUGUUCCUUCACUGUAAAGACAAACGUAACUUUCUAAGUGAAUUGAACAAUUAAACAAACUAUUUAAA